AUGGCGAUAAUAACUAACAGUUGCUGCACCGAGGAGAUGAGCAAUAGAGUACAGGCAAAGCACCCUCACUCAUCACUCACCGAUGCGCGACUCCAGACUCGUGCAUCAUCGCUGCUGGUCACACACGUGAACAAGGUUGAGUUGGACGAUGAGCUUGUCAGCAUAGACCAAUAUGUGCUGACUGACCUUGCACACGCCGUCAUGCUCACGCGCACCGGCAUCUUCGAUGCCCACCAUGGUCAAAACAUGGUCAAGACUCUGCUGAGCCUACGAGCCGGCGAUACGGCUUCGAUGCUCGCCUCAAAGCCAGAAGUGGGCACUCUCGGCCUUCAGAUUGAAAACUACCUGGAGCGCGAACUGGGCCCGCGCGGUCGCGACAUCCAACGCGCCCGAAGCCGUAUCGAUCAAAAGGCCACAAACUGGCGCCUCAUCAACCGUGCAAGUCUCACGGAGGUGGUUCAAGGGCUCGUUGCAUUGGGUUCCCAGAUCCUAGAGACUGCGGAGCACUACGCCGGCGCUCUGAUGCCCGGCUACACUCACUUGCAGCAUUCUCAACCUACAACCAUCGAUCAUUACCUCAACGCUCAUUAUUGGGCCGUAUCGCGCAACCUGUCUCGACUCUUCGAAGCAUACGACCGACUGAACCUAAGUCCACUGGGAGGCGCUGCCUAUAGCGGCACCUCGUGGCCCAUCGAUCGCACUGCCACGGCUCACUACCUCGGCUUCGACCGCCCCGUCUACAAUGCCCGUGAUGCCGGUUUUGCUGCGCUCGACAUGGGUGCAGAGCUCGCAGGCGUGCUUGCCGCUACGCUCUCCGGCAUUAGCCGUCUAGCCUCCGACCUCAACUACUGGUCCUCCAGCGAAGUAGGGUUGGUGCGGAUUCACUCCUCUUUGUGUGGCACAUCGAGCAUGAUGCCCCAGAAGCGUAACCCCAUGGUCCUCGAGCGUAUCCGGGGACUUGCCGGCUCAGCUGUUGGCUGGUCUGCCAGCCAGCUUGGGGUCAUGCACACGGCCACUUCAACCGAUGUCGAUCAGUCCUAUAUCCAUAAUCUUCUUCCCAGCCAAUGUUUCGAGACGGCUGGGGCCAUUUCUUUGUUACGCGAGGUCAUUGCUACUGUCGAGUUUGAUCUGCCUGCUAUGCAAAAGUCAUCCGGCCAACAUUGGUCCACUGCCAGCGCUGUCGCGGAUUCUCUCGUU